CUCAAAUACCCUGCCCUACCCAGCCAAAACCCGCUGUUCCGCUCUGCUCUGCAUCUCUCCAAGUGAAAACCCUAAGAAAGAAGCGAAGAUGCAGAUCUUCGUGAAAACCUUGACGGGCAAGACAAUAACCCUCGAGGUAGAAUCUUCAGAUACAAUCGACAAUGUCAAAGCCAAGAUUCAAGACAAGGAAGGUAUCCCACCAGACCAACAGCGUCUCAUUUUCGCUGGAAAACAGCUCGAGGACGGCCGCACACUCGCUGACUACAACAUCCAGAAGGAGUCCACUCUCCACUUGGUGCUUCGCUUGAGGGGUGGAGCCAAGAAGAGAAAGAAGAAGACCUACACUAAGCCCAAGAAGAUCAAGCACAAGAAGAAGAAGGUCAAGCUCGCUGUUCUCCAGUUCUAUAAGGUUGAUGAUAGCGGCAAAGUCCAGAGGUUGAGGAAGGAGUGUCCUAAUGCUGAGUGCGGUGCUGGAACUUUCAUGGCUAAUCAUUUUGAUAGGCACUACUGUGGUAAGUGCGGCCUUACCUACGUUUACCAGAAAGCCGGUGGCGAUUAAGCUUUUUUUUCCCUUUUAAGUAUUGAACAAGGAUUUUUGUCCCUUUUCUCUUGUUACAACAUGAUUGAGGGUGAACUUACAUUUAUAUUUCCUGGUAUUAAUCAGUACUUCGGAGUUUAAUUAAUGGUUAAUCAGCUGUUCGUGUUA